AUGGAACUUCUACUGCCAACCUGCGUGUGGGCGGUGCUCAGCGGUCUAAUCGCUCACUUGAAGUACAAGCGACGAGAACCGGGCUUUUUUCAAUAUCUUGUUGAAUUGGCAACAUUGAUCGUGCUAGCCUUUGUCGGCAUUUUUUAUCACUCCAGAGUGAUUGUCACUAGUAUAGGGCUCACCUCUAUCUUCACUGCGCUGCAUCUCCUUGCUCUGGGUUCAAGCAUUGCCGUGUACCGAGUGUUUCUGCACCCACUCAAGGAUUUUCCAGGUCCUUUCCUGGCAAAGAUUACCAAGUGGUAUGGAUUUUACCUUACUGGCCUUGGUCGAACAUACAUCGAUUACGCGCAACUUCAUGAAAAGUACGGCGAUGUGGUUCGCAUCGGCCCAAACGAGUUAUCCUUUGUAAACCCAGAGUCCGUGAAAUAUAUCCAUGGAUCGGCGGCAAACAAGCUAUGCAAAGGCCCGAACUAUGAUACUCGCUUGUGGGCCGAUGGCAUCAGCCUCGGAGACGAGAGAGACAUUAUGGCACACAGAGUGCGCCGAAAGUUCUGGGAUAAAGGGCUUGCAAUCAAGGCUAUAACAUCCUACGAACCCAGGCUUGUGAGGAUUAUUGACGUCCUAAAAGCCAAGUUCGACGCCUACGCCGGGAAGGAAAUCGACGUGGGAGCUUUCAUCGACUACUUCGGUUUCGAUGCCAUGGCAGAUCUUGCAUUCAACGAGACAUUUUCCUUUCUCGAGAACGAGAGCUCUGGGGAGUUGGCGGUUCUUGUCCGCAAGGGUCUCAAGAUGACGGAGAUGAUUCGAAACGUGCAGUGGCUGUCGCCAAUAUUCAAGUACUUACCCAUGGAUCCGGAGGACAAGGCGCAGACCGAGCGAUUUGCCAAAACUUCAGCAGAGCAUUUUGAAAAGAGGCUGGCCAUGGGGACGAAACCAACUGACCUCUUUACUUACCUGCUCGCACACGAUGAAGACGGAAAGACUCUCGCCAAAAAGGACCUUGAGUCUGAUUCACCCGUCAUUAUCAUUGCCGGAAGUGAUACCACUGCGGUCUGCUUAAGCUUCGUCUUUUACUUUGUCUCCAAGGACGCCACCAUCCAGAAGAAACUCAUUGAAGAAAUCGACGAGGCUUGGGCAGAACAUGGAGACAAUCUCGGUGGACGCAACUUAGGACCUGACAGUAUGCCAUAUCUGAAUGCCGUGAUCAAUGAAUCUCUACGCAUGGUACCGCCGGCGCCGAAUGGCAACCAACGCACCACCCCCAAGGGUGGCUGUUUCAUCGACGGCAAGUACCUACCUGAAAACACACAAGUGUCCUGCCAGCCUACGUUCAUGGCCCACGACGCGCGGAGUUUCACGAAGCCCGAGCUUUUCGUGCCCGAGCGCUGGAUUGACGAGAAACGUGAUCCGAUGUGGAACCACGACACGCGGUCCUUUAUCCCGUUCAGCGCGGGACAGUACAUCUGCCCUGGCAAGGCCCUGGCGUACCUGGAGAUGCGGCUGCUGCUCGCGCACGUCUUUAAGGACUUUUCGUUCGAGAUGUCCCCCGGGUUUGACCACGCCGGGUUCUGGCUCGGCCUGCAGAGCUAUAUGGGUUACAUGAAGCAGCCAAUUCCGCUCACGGUCCAUAAGAGACAGCGUGAGGUGACGGCGAAUUGA